AAAGGGUUAAAGAUGGCUACGGGAUAAGUGGAGCUCGUUUAUCGCAAAUUUGACAGUGGUAGUUAAAUGGUGAGUUUUCCCUCCAAGCUGCCAGUCUGGGGAAGCAGACGAGGCUCUCUGCUCUCCUCACCUCCAGUCUUUCCGAGACUCCUGCGCUCUUAUUUUGUUGUUUAUGGGCGCCUGUGUCCUCAUCCUAGCCCUAAAUCUUCUGCGUGAAACAGGACAAAGAAGAAGGAGGAUUUUCUCCUCUGCCUCUCCUCUCACCUUCACUCUCAUCGUUUUCAUCGCUGCUUUGGGCCCACAAGAUCUUCUCCACUUCAUCUCCAUCAUCUUUUUUUUAACCCCCCACCCCUGUCUUUGUCCUUUCCCUUUCUUGCCUCUUUCUGUCCCUUUGCUGUGGAACUAAAUCUUCAACCUGCCACCCCUGGAGUCCUUGCAGAUGUCCGCAGCCUGGCGCUGAAGCGGGCGCUUGCCAGCAGCCCAGAUGCAUUUGCAACUCUUCGCCAUUGUGAUAUCCUUGCUAUGUGAGGUGAUCAGGAUGGGGUCUGGUGUUGUGCAGAAGCAAAGUGCUCACAGAGAGACAUCAGAUGACUGUCGAAGCUGCCUGGAGUGUUCCCGCGAUAACGGCUGUGUGCGUUGUCCCGAGCGGCUCUUCCUGUUCCUGCAGAGGGAGGGGAUAUCUCACCAUGGAACCUGUCUCCACGCCUGCCCCGCUGGACACUACGGACAGAGAGGGAAGGACAUCAACCGCUGCAUGAAGUGUCGCUCUUCGGAGUGUGAGCACUGUUUCAGCCGGGACUUCUGCACCAAGUGUAAGCCUGGCUUCCAGCUGUACAAAGGCAAAUGUCUGACCCGCUGCCCAGAGGGAACGUUUGCCCACCAGACAGACUGUCUCGAGGACUGUCUUCUGGCCCCAUUGGGAGAGUGGAGCGAUUGGAGCGCCUGUGUCCGUGGCGGAGUCAACUGCGGCUUCAGGUGGGGAAAGCAGACCAGGACCCGGGGGGCUGCACCGUCCGGCAGACUGCCUGAAGAGCAAGCGGCACCUCUUUGCCCGUCCCACACCGAGACACAGAGGUGCAGGAUGCAGAAAAAGUGUCCAACAGAAAGAAGAAAUAAUAAAAAUGGAGGACUCGGAAGGAAGAAGGAGAGAAAACGACUACGGCUGCUCGCCAACAACAACGCUGGCAACACGCCGAACUCGACAACAGACGCCGCCGGAGAGCACGGGGACGCCUGAGGAUGAGGCGGCACCACGACACCUGACGCAUGUUGGAAUAUCAGUCAGCUGACAUCAGCGGGAGCUUUGACAUCAGAGACCCAAUCAUUGUUUAUUAUGUUUCCAAUCAGCCCGUACAAUCAGUAACUUUAUUAAAACACACUGCCACUCAACAGAACCUUGUUUACUGGAAACUCAGAAUGAACAAUUACGUAUGUGACUAAGAAAUUCUUGUGUUGUGACCCAUGAGUCAAAGUUCCUAACCCGAGGUAUGUCGCAACAAAAGGAAACUGGAUGAAUCCAGUUUCAUGUGGAGUUAUCUGGUCUUUGUCAACAGCGAACAUUUGAAUAUAAUUUUAAAUAAGACUAAAAGUCAGAAACUGGAUCCGGUUCACGAAAGUUAAGACACAAGUAAAACAUUUAUAUCCAACAAAGAAAUACAGACAGACAAGAGACGCCAACAAAUCCAAUGAAUAUUCCCAGAAAUUAAAGUUGCCCUGUGGAGUUUCUAUCUACAUGUGUAACAGAUCCCCACUGUGUGAAUAUUAAGGGUUGGUUCACGA